UGCGACUGUUUUACCCGGAACUUUAUAACCGACGGACCAUGAAAACAAGCAGCUGAUCAAAUGAUCUUAGUUCUGUGCUUUUAUCGUAAAUUUAAUUACUUUAUUACAUUUCAGUACAUGUAUUUAGAAGGUUAUUGUUAGCGUUAGUAUUGCCAUUAUCCUUUGUUAAUGCUCAGUCUGUAUAAACAGCGAAAAACAGUCAAUUUGGAGAUCUUAAGCAUCUAUAAUGACAUCUAAACCUACAUGUCUGAUUGUGGCCAGUGCUGCAUCUGCAGGAGUUUCAGCGCGGUCGUUCCAUCAGUGUUUUCAUUUGUGCAGUUCAGUGUUUAACCUGCAGACAGCGACACCUGGCGGGAAGUCCAUCGACUUUGCCGGUGUGGAUGACAGCACGGCCCGAUGGGUGCAAGAGUUCAGCGUCAAACCCUACGCCAACCCGGCCAAGCUGGAGUCUAUCGAUGGUGCCCGCUAUCAGGCGCUGCUGAUUCCUGACUGUCUGGGAGCCCUGAACGAUCUCGCCCACAGCGGAUCCCUCGCGCGAAUCCUGUCCCACUUCAUUUCUCAUCAAAAGCCGGUGUGUGCUGUGGGACAGGGUGUAGCUGCUCUCUGCUGCGCUACAGAGGAACAGAAAUGGAUAUUUAGUGGCUACAGCAUGACUGGGCCCUCUGUGUUUGAGCUGGUACGUUCUCCUGAAUUUGCCAACCUGCCGCUGAUUGUGGAGGAUUUCAUCAAAGACAAUGGUGGAUCUUAUACAGCGAGCAUCGAGGACGCCGUUCACGUGGUCCUGGACCGCCAUCUUGUAACGGGCCAGAACGUUCAGUCCACAACAGCAGCCGUCAAUAACCUGAUUCUGCUGUGCAACAGCAGAUAAACGCUUCACCUGUUCAGAAGGGAACGAACAAGGGACCACGCCACGAAAUGUGAACCAGAAGUGUUUUAGAAAUUGACUGUUGAAAGCACAUUCACAAAUAUGAAAAUCAUGCCAAGAUGUCACUCCAGAGUUUACUUUAUCACUUAAAAUUCCAUUUAAGUAAAUUUUAUUUUUUUCUGUCUAUAAAAUAUUUUAAUUUGAAUGCUUUGAAAGGAGCAUAUAUUAAAAGAAAAACCUGUGAAUGCAUUUCAAAGCUAUGCACUGUAAUAAAAGGCUUAUUUUAACUACAAUUUUUACUCUAGAAUUUCACCCUAGAACAUUACAAUGACUAAAAAGCACCACUUUUCAGCUUUUAAAUGCAUCAGACUUCAAUUUGUUAGUGCAAACAUGAUUAUGAUGGUCUUUGGUUAUGAAGAGUGUCACAGAUGUUGUUAUGAAGCCUAACUUUUGAACAUUCUUGUGAAGUGUAAGAUGUUUUUUAUAUAUAUAUAUAUCCUGUUAAUAUGUAGAUCAUAAGAGGAACUGAUCUGUCAUGAGAUGUUUUAUCUUGCUUCAUCUCGUCAAAAAAAAAAAAAUGCUAUGCUGUGCUGCUUUAACAAGGUUAUGAUUUGCAGCGUAAAAGAAAUUAAGUCUGUAAUGUGCAGUAUUAUGAACAUAACAGUAUGAAAAACCAAAUAUGUACCUUA